AUGGCAAGUGCACCAGAUAGUCAACCUUUCUUUGAGCAGCAUGCCACAAAAAUCGGAAUGGAAAGAGCUCUGUUGGACAAGUUCAUAGCUGGAGGGAUCAGAACGGUCUCCCAGGCGGCCUACGCAGCGACCCCUCCAGGACAGGUCCUCACCGAUGACAAGGUAACAGCUCUUUGCACCACUCUGGGAGAGGCCAGACCGUCGCUGGCUCAAUUGACAGUCGUCAAACGCCUACUGUUUGAGUCUCAGACUAUGAGUCUCGCCAACUUGAAAGCCAACAUUGAGCAACAGCCCGAUUCGACCGUCAGGAAGCUGCCAGGUGCAGAGCGAGCUCAGAGACUAGAGUUGCAAGCGACCCGCUUGGGAGGCCUGGAAAUCAAGCACGACCUAGAGCCUGCGUUCUGUGUUUAUGACGCGGUGACGACCCAGGUUGAGCAGGGUUCCCUCAAAUACAUUCACCCUAGCAACGUGCCGACAAGGCAACAGGAACUAUCUCAGGCCAAGCCCGCGAAGGAGCUAACUCUGGAUGCCUCGGGCAAUGGCCUGUCCAUUCAGGACAAGCAGUCUAAGGUACAGGCGCAGUUGGGCACAGAGAUGGCGACCUAUAGGGCCUUGCAGAGACGCGGCCUAGCCUACGACUUGGUUGGGGUGCUCAGUUUCCGUGUGCAUGAGAGAUGGCUCCAGAAGGCCUUUGCGCACAUGAGUGCACCGGCACCGCCAGGAUACAGCAGACCUUCUUUGCAACAGGUUCUUAGAGCUGACAGAGCUCUGUGGCUGGAGCUGGCAGGGCGCCAACCCACGCUCACGCGUUCGCCUGCUAACGCUCCCUUGACAGAUGCUCGCUGCUUGGACAGGGCCUUUGAGGAGGCUUCGCAUACCAUGGAUGUGAAUUUUCAUUUCAUGCCUCUGCAACAGUCAUCGAUUCCACUCGAUAAUGGGGGCCACGCAGCCCGAUGGCGAAAGUGGGGCGACGGCAAAGGUUUCCAGCCUCAGAAGUGGCAACGAACAGACAAGGGGAAGAACGGCUGGAAGGGCAAAGGAGAGGGUGGUUUCAAAGGGAAGGAUGCUUGGAAGGGAAAGGGUGAAAAUCACAAAGGUCACUUUGGUAACAAGGGGCUCGACAACCGUGGGGGCAAGUCCAACACCCCUAUGCCAGCGAUCCCAUUUGCCCAGUGGGCGGGCGUUGCGCUCGUGGGAGGGUCGUCGCCUCCCCUUGCGGCGCCGGAUGAAGCUGCUCUAGCGGCUGAAAGGGCGCCCACCGAGGCCUCCAUUCGCGGAACCGCGUUAGAGGUUGAGGGAGGAUCUUCAAUUUUCCAUAGUGAAACAUCGAUUCUGCCUUUGGCACCAGAGGUGGACGAGCCGGCCUCCACCGAAACACAGUUUGAAGAGAGGAUUGGAUCACAGUCUUUUACCAAGAGAAAGUGGGAUAGUUUUCAGACAUCAGAGCUUGAGCAGUUCGACCAAACAGCUGCAAAGAGGCCUCAAGAGCCCGUUUCCGAGUGUCAGAAGACGAAAGAGGACCAGGUCGCACAGCGUGAAGUGACUGCAGGCAUGGUGGCAGCUGCGGCUGCAGCUGGCAUGAAGCGGUCGGUGGGACUGGACCACAUUCGGAUCCCUAACAGGAAAGGCAAAGUCAUUCAGUUGGAUCUGUUGUUGGAGUCCCAUCAGAAUCUGCUGUGGAAGUGGCUCGAUUCCCCGGGAUUGGAAGCUGUUUGGAUAGCGCCGCCGUGCGGGACGGCAGGGACAUCGCCGAGCCAGGACAGAGCGGCCCUCUGCCACUGCGAAGUCCGGAGCACCCUGAAGGGAAGCCAGACUUGGCCCCGCAAGACGCAGAAAGAGAGCGACUUCUGCAUGUUUGGAGGACAGAGACUGAAGCGGACCGCGCUUCUUAGCAACAGCCCUUUGGUGCAGUCGCUGGCAGCUCAAUGCGACGGCACGCAUACACAUGCUGCCUGGGGCAGGGUUGAAGGGGAGUUCGUCACUAAACAGGAGUCGGCGUACCCCGCUCUGUUCUGCAAAACAUUCAUCAUGGCACUGACAGGUCAUCUCAGCGAGUCCGGUUACGUCGAUGAAAGGGAGGUCCAGGAACUUAAAGGUCCGGGUCCUGCAUCGGCUAAGGUCCUUUCGACCCAAGCCCGCACCAAACGUGCGGCCUCCUUCCGUGUGAUUCCAGAAUUCCGCAAAACUGUGCGGUGCCAUGUUAGCGCAGAGACCAGAGGCAGGCUGAUUGCGCCUAAGUGGAUGCCAGCCUGCGAGAUCGACGGAUUGGACGCCGGUUCAGCGGAGGAAGUGAAGGUGGCCCCAGUGGCGGGCAGCCCGACAGAUGUCUGGGUGCACGUCCCGUGGACACCCCAGGAAUUCGUUCUGCAGGCCAUAGACAAGAAUGCCAGCAUGAAACCAUUGCAGAUCAUGCAGGUCAGGGCAGCUCAGUCCCAACGCUGGCUCAAGCGUGCCUCUGAACUGGAGGAGGCUGAAGCAACCUUCAAGCAGUCUCUGCCGCCGCACAUUCAGGCGAGCUUAAGGAACAAACGAAUCCUUUUGUUCAAGGAGAUGCUGGAGGCAGCACACUACCCGGACAAGGCCGUGGCUGACGACAUGGCCAAAGGAUUCAGCCUAAUCGGCCAUUUAGAGCUUCCUGCAGGAUGGGCACCUGACUUUCGGCCCGCUUCGAUAAGUGCUUCGGAUCUAGCCUCUGUUGCAGCGGAUAGCAAUGAACAGAUCAUCCAGGACGUUGCGUCUUCUUCGAGCUUCACAGAAGAGCUCUGGCAGAGGAGUAUGGAGGAAGUUGCUAAGGGAUGGUCCGAGGGGCCUUUCACUUUUGAAGAGCUGCCUGAGGGGGCAGUCAUUAGCAAACGAUUUGCUAUUCAACAGGGCAAGAAGGUUCGACCCAUCGACGACCUGUCGCAGUCCUUCCUGAACGCUGCUUUCGGGUCGGAAGGCAAGAUUCAGCUUCACGAUACAGAAACAAUAGCUGCUGCCUUGCUGCUAUUUCUGCGAAGGCGUAAGUCUGGAGUUCAAGGAAAGACGAUCGACCUCAAGAACGCUUACAGGCAACUCCCCCUGUCCCCAGAGGCGCUGGAGAUGUCUUUCAUUGCUGUCAAGCACCCGGAAACGGGCCAGGAUUUGGCUUCAUCCAGCGAGAAGAGCGCAAACUUUCUGCUGGACCUUCUAGGGUUCGACUUCGAUAAGGACGGAGACAAAGCCCAACCGUUCAGGAGCGUGUUCAGGGCCCUCGGGGUCGAGUUCAACCUCCAGGAUGAGGAAGGCAAGAGCUUUCAAGUGGCCAACACCAAGGAGAGAACACAGGAGCUGGUCAAGGAUUUGGGAGACAUGGCCUCUAAGCAGCAGAUCUGUCCGAAGGCAUGGAACAAGAUCAAGGGCCGUCUCCACUUCGUGGCAGGGCAGCUAUCGGGCCGUGUGCCUAAGCGCCUCAUGCGUAGGAUCUCUGACCAGGUGUCCUCUCCGGCAUACUGGAAGUGCAAGGACAAAACGCAGGUGUCUAACUUGUUGCGACAGCUGCAGGACUAUGUCUCCGAGAGCAGACCUCGGACUCUUCGGGCCCAUACUUCCGAGACUGUCUACCUUUUCACGGACGCUUCCCAAGAGGGAGUCAGGGGACAAGAGAUGGGCUUGGGAUCAGUCCUCAUGAAUCAAGAGGGCCAUAUCUUGGCGUGGUUCGGAGUCCUUUUGCCGCUCUCUCUUGCGGAAACCUUGAUGUCAAACAAACAGAAGGUGAUCAACGAGCUCGAGAGCUUAGUGGUGCUUCUAUCAUAUGCUCUUUGCAAACCACUCUUACAAGAGAGACAGGUCAUGAGUUACAUUGACAACGAAGCUGCACGUGUGACCCUGCUCAGGAUGUCCUCUGAGUCGCAAGCCUUGACUUUGCUUGCCAGUGCUUGUGCAGUACUCGAGGACCAGCUGGCCAUGGUACCCUGGUAUGCCCGAGUGCCAAGUAGGUCGAACAUUGCAGACAAACCAUCCAGGCUCGACUUCACAGGCCUUCGACCCGAUGCGCGUAUCCCGGAUACGCGUGUGAUCGAACAGGGCCGCGAGAUCAUCGACAGCAUUCAGAAAACUCUCGGGAGAAACCCUGACUGA